AUGGCGUGUGACGAAUUCAGCGGCAUCCAGGGAGAAGCUCCUCUGACGCCAGGCCAAGGGGGUGUGAUGCAUCCAACAGACUUCAGACUGCUCAAGCUCAACCAGCCAGCUGGAAAAUGCUACACUGCGGGAGCCAACUUGAGUUGGGUGUCGCCUUGGUGGACGCCUUGCAGCGUGCCAGUCAUUCAGUCUGCCAUCACCUUGCUGGUGAAUUCCAAAUUCCGAGAACCCAAACCGUUAGAAGUCACAGUGAUGGUCAACGCACAGAGCGAUCCAAACAACCAGCAGCACAAGACGAAGAGCAUGUUGAAACGGUUGAGCGCUGAAGAAGAACAUGUCUCCUACAUCAUCGCAACUUGGAGAGAUGUAGGCAACGGUGAACGCGUUCAGGAGUGGAAGAACUGUUGGCUCAGUGCAUGCGUCACGUGGAUGACUGUGGCUGAUGACUUGGAAUCAGCAUUCUGGGCGUCGGCCAAGCUGAGGGAAAGGAUCGGAGAAUCUUAUGAAUGUCUCUACUACACCCCGGUGCAAAGGAUCUUCCAGGUCGGUGCCAUCAAGAAGAUCCUGCAGGACCGCUCCGACCAGAACAUCACGGCGAAGAUGUUGCAGAAGCACUUUGACUCGAACCUGGAGAUCUCAAGUGGUGAAGCGUGCACGGAACACUUCAUCACUGUUGCCUUGGCUCUGUGGAAUGCCUUGUUUUCGGUCAGCCGUUUGAAAGCCACUUCGCUGCAAUUGGCACUGCAACAGGCCAUCGCCUUCCUGAUUGACGAGGUGUUCGGGAAGCGUUCUCCGCUGGAUUCUGUGCUGAAGAUCGAGAAUUUGAUGAGGAGCUGCAAGAGCAACCAUGACUCAUUGGCAUGGGUCAUGGUUCAGAUGGCGGAUUGGUGCCUCAAUCGGGUGGUCCAACCAGCCGAAAUGGUACCCUUCUACCUCUUUGGCAAGGGAAGCUCCAAGGGGAUGGUCGCUGUCUGGCUUUGGAAGUUGCAGAACAAGGGAAAGCUGCUGGCACUUCUUGAUCAGCAUCUCCCGGCAGAAGAUGCCCGACUGUUGAGGACCAACUUGGAGUCGCACGAGAUGUAUCGAAAGACCUUUGGGGGCAGACCUUUCACUCAUGAUGCGGUCAAGAACGGCUUCAAGGCAUCUGAUGGACAGCCGUGGAUUGGAUGUAUGGAUCCACGGUCUCAGAAGGCUUCCGCCUUUGCAUCCAGCUUCCUCUACGAGCCUGAGUUUGACUUUGCAGUCAAACAGGCCUGCCGGCACCAGCAGACGCUUGAGGAAUUGCUCGAGCAUUCCGCAAUCGACAAAAUAUGGAAGCAGAUCGUCGCCCCUGAAGCCCCGGCACUUCAAAAGGUCGACCAGGACCAUGACACUGACAUGAACAAGUCUAUCCUGGUCUCACUGAUGCCUCCAGAGAACCUGACCAAACUGUCAGCACCAGAGAACGCUCCGAAACUGGAGGUCGUGGAAGGGGCCGCCGACACUGCCCGAAAGCAGGUCAAAAGUCAAAUUCAGACAGUCGACGGGUCGCUCAGCCUUGACAAGCUGGCAAAACUCAUGCGAUCCAUGGAGAUCCUCAACAAGGUGCGUGGAUCUUCGGAUUCUUCAGUGCUCUUUUUGUACACCCUGGAAAGUGCGGGAGAACAUGAACGUGAUUCGAGGAGGAGUCCGACUCCUGCUCGCCGUGAGCAUAUGGAGAAGCUGCUGCGAGCAGCAUUCUGCACCAGAGGCAGCGAGAUGCCUGACUUGGAGGAUGAGAAGGUGAUUUUCCCUGCGCUGCGCCCAAGCGACAUGUAUGUCUUUUGUGACUCUGGGCGCCCUGGUACUCAGUCGGCGUUCGUCAACGCGUUCCGCUCUUGUGAAGGGUCGCCGUACUCCAAGCACAUGUUCCACAUCAACUACAGUGAGGAUUCCGUCAAAGAGCAUCGGAAGGUCUUCACACUUCCCCAAAUGGAGACCAUGGUUGUGGUGCGCGGUGAUUCUUCAAGGAUGUCAGAAGUGGUGGGGAUGAGACCCAACCUAUACUUCACCGGGAGCACUUCUGGAACAUCGUUACAAGAAUGUUUCAAGUCGGAUUUGAAGGUGGUGCCCAAGCUCCCAACAUCAGAAAAACAUGAGAUGAUGGCCUCUGCACGUGUGAAAGAUGAUUCGCGCUCCACGUCUGUCAGUCGAGGCUUGGACCAGCCUGGAAUGGAACCCAUCGACUGGUCAGUGUGGGGCCAGCGUACCUUCGAGGAGAUCAUCCACCGCUUUCGUCCACGGGCAGUGGUUUUGAUGACUGCAAGCUACUCCUCCAAGCAUGAGAAGUGGUUCCAGGAAAAUGCCAACAAGAUCAUGUUCAAGCUCAUGUCCAGCCCCAAGAGCCGUCACUAUAUGCCAGAGAUGGCAAAGGCGCUGAAGGACUGCACUGGAGAUGACGACAAGGAUGACAAGUCCACAGCCAAGUCAAAGAAAGGGCAAGGGCGAGGGUCCAACCAGCCGAAAAAACGCAAAAGCAAGUCCGGGAAGAAGCCGCCCAGCAAGAAGCCGAAGGGACGUGGCAAAGGUCGCGGCAAGAAAAGAGCCAAUGUUUCUGGUGGCAGCGAUGACAUUGGCGAUGAUGAGCUUGAUGAAGAAGAAGAAGAUUCCCUGUAA